ACUAACAGUUACAAUAUAUUAAGAUGGAACAUCUCAUCGUGGCCUUAAUCUUAUCCUUCGAGCUGAUUACGGUUCUACAAGUAUCUGCGCAGAUACAAUAUCCACCAAAAAUAACGAAGCAGCCGCCAACAAAUGAACAGUUCUUUCAAACCGCUGAACCAAUGGUAAAAGGCAGAGAUCUUAUCCUAGAAUGUGAGGCUGAAGGCAACCCUGCGCCAACGUAUCGUUGGAGAAAAAACGGAAGACAUUUCGAGUGGCAAACGUACGCAAUUCACAUCUCACAGCGACCUGGUAAAGGAACAUUGGUAAUAUCGAAACCGCGAGCCGAAGACGUAGGUCAGUAUCAAUGCAUAGCCGAAAACGCUUUGGGAACCGCAAUAUCGAAUUCGGUAUUCAUGCGAAAAGCGGAGCUCGACUAUCCGAAAGACAUCCAAUCGGCCAUAAUGACUGCAAACGAGGGAGACCCAUUCAAACUGACUUGCCAGUCUCCAACCGGACCACCCAAGCCACUGAUAUACUGGUUGAAACGGUAUCCAAACGGAAGUACAGCCUUGAUCAACGAUUCCAGAAUGACCACCGAUCCUGAGGGAAAUCUUUGGUUCACUAACGUGACUAGAAACGACGCUUCGGACAUGAUUUCUUACAUUUGUGCAGUCAGUUCGGAGUUCAAGGCCGAGUACAAGCUGAGUCCUCCUGUCUUGUUAAAUGUUGAGCGAACGGGAUUGCCAGCAAAUAAUAAUACACGAGAGCCAGUACAGCAGUACGUUACCAUAAAGAAUAAGGCUGCUUUACAAGGUAGAACAGUGGAACUGUACUGCAUUUUUGACGGCACUCCUGUUCCGCAGACAGUGUGGAAGAAAAAUGGUGAAAUAUUGGAAAGCAGCGAGCGGAUGACGGUGAGGAACGACGGAAAAUCGUUGUUCAUAAGACAUGUUGUAUUCGAGGAUGAGGGAACGUACACUUGCAACGUAUCGAAUGGAGUCGGCGAUCCAAAGUCGUACUCGAUUAACCUCCAAGUCCAAUCUUUUCCUUAUUUCACUGUCGAACCAGAAACCAUAACUGCAGUGGAGAACGAGAGCGCGGAGUUUAGGUGCGAUGCUGGUGGUGUUCCUGGGCCUGAAAUCAGGUGGAUCCAUAACGGGAGGCCUGUUCAGGAGUCGACGUAUAAUCCGAGAAGGAAAGUAUCUGCGAAUUCGAUUGUCAUUGAGAACCUGGUCAGGAAUGACACUGGGAACUACGGAUGUAACGCUACGAACUCUCUAGGUUAUGUUUACAAAGACGUUUUUGUUAACGUCUUGGCUUUGCCAGGUCCACAAAUUACACAGCCACCAAUCGAUCAGACGACUGUCAUUGGAAAAACCGUCAGGUUUACCUGCCGUUUUGUAGGUGGUUACGAACCUCGACUCGAAUGGCGAAUACAGAGUUGGACAUUAUGGGGACACAGAUUCUCCACCCUUAACUCCGGCGACCUCGAAAUUAGAAAUGUCGACGCUUGGAAUGCGCACACCUACACAUGUCACGUAUUCAACAGCUUUAGCUCUGUUGAAGCCUCUGCUACUCUCGUUGUGAAAAAUAAAACUAUCAUUGUUGAGAAACCUGAAGACUACGAAGGCGCUAUCGGGUCUACGGCAAGGUUUAGGUGUAUCGCUGUAUCAGAUUCAAGUUUGAAACUGAGAAUCGACUGGCUGAGAAGUGGAAAGCAAAUAGAUUUUGAAACGGAGUCAAGAUUCGUCAAGAGCAAUGAUAAUUCCUUGACAAUUACAGAGAUCAUAGCAUCGGAUUUAGGAACGUACACUUGCGUGGCUAAAACAGAGUUGGACGAAACAAGGGCUGAGGCUAUAUUGAUGAUUCAAGAAGUGCCAAGACCUCCUCGCCUGAAAGUGGUUAAUUGCAGAAUAAACGAAGCCGACAUCCAUUGGGUCCCUACAAUGAAUAGCAACGGUGCUGCCGACAUUCUGCGGUACACCAUACAAUUUCAAACUAGCUUUAGUCCCGCGAGAUGGGAAAUUGCUCGAGACAAUGUUUCAGCCUCCGCCCAAAUCUACACCGUGCCUCUAUCGCCUUGGACCAAGUACAAGUUUCGAGUUGUGGCCUGGAACGAAAUAGGAGCUUCGUUACCAUCGUCACCCAGCAAGGUUUGUGCCACUCCACCAGAUUUGCCUCACAAAAAUCCCGACAAUGUCAGAGGCGUGGCAGCUAAGCCACAGGGAUUUGUGAUUCGAUGGGCCAUGAUGCCCGAGAUAGAGCACAAUGGGCCAGAAUUCAAGUACCAAGUGUACUUUAAGAAAGACAUACCCGGCACGGAUUGGACAAGGCUGGCUAUACUCAACUGGACUGUAGAACAGAUUCGGGUAACGGAUCAGCCACCCAACCAGCGAUAUAAGGUCAAAGUUACUGCCAUGAAUUACCUCGGAGAGUCCUGGGCAAGGCCUACUGAAAUCAUAGUCGACUCUGCAGGUGCAUGACAACGGUAAGUAAUUAUUGGUUUACGCUACGAUUCAUGAAAA